UUUGAAGGCGGAUGCCAGAGGCGGCAGAAACAGGACGUUUCAGGACUGUUCCAGAGGGAUGUUCAAGGCAACUGCUUCCCUGCUUUGAGACACAGCCAGCAAAUGCCCCGUCUGAAUUGACCAAAGGCCAGGCGGGGUUCAACCUACUUGUGAAUGAAAGACUCCCUGUUUCCAGCAAGAGUUGUCAGAGAUCCCUCUGCAAGUGUUACAGUUUGUAAAUGAGAACAGAAGGGCUUCUGUAGAAACCCGAAAAGCGCAGACAGCAGACGCCAGGGACUUCCCGGCCCCUUCUCUGGACAACCUAACUUGGUUUCCGUACGAUCCUUGUUGCUCUGAAGAGUGAAUCAGCCGGCACAUGCGUGCACCGAAGAGAGGCCCUUGACUCAGAGUUGAGACCGUGUCUCCCGGCAAGAGGACCCAGAGGGCUGGUCCCCCCCGGAGAAGCAGCCGUUCGCUUACCUACAGCUGGCCUGGCCCAGAGACAGCCCUUCAGGAAAUACAAGGACAGAGAGGACAUGUUACAUCUGGAACACUCUUGCUUGUUUUUCAGGAGCUGGCUGGCUCUGACAGUCAGUGUGCUUCUGGAUUUGAAGCCCUCAGCUUGCCGCAGUCUAUCUGGUUCCCGUCCGAAUAUCCUUCUCCUGAUGGCAGACGAUCUCGGCAUUGGAGAUGUCGGCUGCUAUGGCAACGACACCAUAAGGACUCCGAACGUUGACCGCCUUGCCGCGGAUGGCGUGAUGCUCACCCAGCACAUCGCCGCGGCUUCCGUGUGCACGCCAAGCAGAGCCGCUUUCCUAACAGGCAGAUACCCUCUCCGAUCAGGUAUGGUGUCCAGUAAUGGUUACCGUGUUCUUCAGUGGACGGGCGUAUCUGGAGGACUUCCACCAAAUGAAACAACUUUUGCAAAAAUAUUGAAAGAUAAAGGCUAUGCCACUGGACUCAUAGGAAAAUGGCAUCUGGGUCUCAACUGUGAAUCCUCCGAUGAUUACUGCCACCACCCGCUCAGCCAUGGCUUUGACCAUUUCUACGGAAUGCCGUUUUCCAUGAUGGGAGACUGUGAGCCCGGGGAAAUGUCUGAAAAGCGCGCAGGCUUGGAGCAUAAACUCAACGUCUGCUCGCAUGUCAUGGCGCUGGCCGCCUUUACACUCACCGCUGGGAAACUCACUCGCCUGGUAGCGGGCUCCUGGACUCUGGUCAUCUGCUCAGCCAUUGUGGCCCUACUGUGCCUCACGACCUCCUAUUUCAUGGGUGCCCUGAUUGUUCACGCCGACUGCUUUCUGAUGCGAAAUCACGCCAUCACCGAGCAGCCCAUGUCCCUUCAAAGGACGACGGCUCUUAUGCUCAAGGAGGUCUCAUCCUUUGUCAAAAGAAACAAGCAAGGACCUUUCCUCCUCUUCGUGUCCUUUCUACAUGUCCACACCCCUCUCAUCACUACCGAGAACUUCCGAGGGAGGAGUCCCCAUGGGCUGUACGGGGACAACACAGAAGAGAUGGAUUGGAUGGUGGGGCAGAUCCUUGAUACCUUGGACACGGAAGGUUUGACCAACAGUACCCUCGUUUAUUUUACGUCGGAUCAUGGGGGAUCCUUAGAGGCUCAGUUUGGAAACCAUCAAUAUGGUGGCUGGAAUGGGAUAUAUAAAGGUGGCAAAGGCAUGGGCGGCUGGGAAGGUGGGAUCCGGGUCCCAGGGAUACUCCGGUGGCCCGGGGUGCUGCCCGCUGGCCGCCUGAUCCACGAACCCACCAGCCUGAUGGAUGUCUUCCCCACCGUGGUCCAGCUGGGGGGUGGCCAGGUGCCCCAUGACAGGGUGAUUGACGGCCGGGACCUGCUGCCCUUGCUCCUGGGGACAGCCCAGCACUCGGAGCACGAGUUCUUGAUGCAUUACUGCGAGAGCUUCCUGCACGCAGCCCGGUGGCACCAACGGAACAGAGGGGCAGUGUGGAAAGUCCACUACGUGACCCCAGUGUUCCACCCAGACGGAGCCAGUGCCUGCUACGGGAGAGGGGUCUGCCCAUGCUUUGGGGACAAAGUAGCCCAUCAUGACCCACCGUUGCUGUUUGACCUCUCGAGAGACCCUUCCGAGGCCCACGCCCUCACGCCAGACACGGAGUCCUCAUUCCAUGAGGUGAUGGAGAGAAUCACAAAGGCCGUGGAGGACCAUCGCCGGACGCUCAGCCCGGUUCCACUGCAGCUGGACAUGCCGGACAACCUCUGGAAGCCAUGGCUCCAGCCCUGCUGUGGUCGGUUCCCCCUCUGCUGGUGCGAUCGGGAAGCUGACCCACAGUAGCCGACCGCCCGGGAAAACUAGGUCCCCGCUCCCUAGAGAUCUCCGUUGGGGUCAAAAUAAAAUGGCCUGAAGACAA